AUGCAGGUCGUAGAUACUGGUGAAGGUUGGGGAGCGAAAACCAGUUUUGAAGGAUGCAUAACACUUGGACCAUGGGGUGGUUCAGAGGGGAAAACGUGGACUUAUAUGCCUAAUGGCUUCAUUAAAAAGAUAACCAUUGUACAUGGAUGGUUUAUUUAUUCCAUCGAACUCCAAAGCGACUGCAGUACAGAUGAAACUGAAAGCCAAUCUUUUGGUAGAAAGGGUGGUGAAGCUGUUGCUGAAACUGAUACGAUAUGUCUCGACUACCCUAAUGAAUAUUUAACGUCGAUAAGUGGGACUUUUAGCAACACUAACAAAUCGGGCUUCGUGACAUCAUUAUGCUUUGUAACAAAUCAGAACCAUUAUGGCCCUUAUGGUGCGGAUACCGGCACUCGGUUCUCAUUUGAUGGGAAAGGUGGUGUGAUUGUUGGAUUCCAUGGCCGUGUGGACCCAUACCAGCUUAAUGCUGUUGGGAUUUAUAUGAUGCCUGAGUCACUGGCAUUUGGUCGAAACUCUACAUCUGAAGACAAUUCCAUGCCUGAGUUAUGUUGUAGUAGCAUGUCUAGAAUGGCAAUGCCAAGGGAGGCAGGACCUUGGGGAGGUUCUGGAGGCAAACCUUGGGACGAUGGAGUUUUCUCCAAUGUCAAAAGAGUCUGUGUUCAUAUUGGAGAGUCUUUGAAUGUGAUUUAUGCCAUCCAAUUUGAAUAUAUUCAAGGAAAUGCUAAACCAGUUUCGUCACCAAUGCAUGGAGGAACAGGUGGAGAUACAAUGGUUAAUUUGGAUGUUACGGACGAGUAUUUGACUGGGAUCUCAGGGUUUUAUGGACCAAUUGAGGGGUACAAUGGGUUGGAAGCUAUAACGUCCAUCACUUUUCACACAAACAAGAGUAAACAUGGGCCUUAUGGAGAAGAAAGUGGUGCAGGGUAUACUUAUUUCACUUCAACAGCUUCUCCUGGGAAAGUUGUCGGUUUCCAUGGGUGGAAUGAUCGUUUCUUAACUGCAAUCGGUGUUCAUAUGAAGUAUUUCUGA